AUGGCCGCAGCUACGGCGAGGACGUUCCGUACAGGAACGAAGCAAGUCUUCCUACCCGAUCAUGUCGUCGUCCUCACACGGCCACACCGCCCGCAGCCGCCGCAGUUCGCGACCUUCCAGGUGCCGCUCACCUUCAACAAGCUCGACAUCCGAGACUACCUGCUGAACGCCUACGGCGUCAGCACGCGCGGGGUGCGCAGUCACAUAGCGCAGCGCCCGCCGCGCCUGUCGCCCUUCACCGGCCGCCUCGGCCGCCCGCCGCCCAUCAAGUACAUGACGGUGGAGCUGGAGAAGCCGUUCGCGUGGCCCAAGGCGCCCACGGCCCCCGAGGAGACGGAGAAGUGGCACUCGGAGGAGAUGCGCAACCGCAUCGCCCUCGAGAAGGACGCCGACCGCCGCCGCAAGGUCUACGGCGAGAAGGGCGAGCUCAUCACCCCCGCCAUGCGCAAGCGCGACGCCGACCGCCGCAUGCUCGCCGACCAGGCCGCCGAGCUGCUCGAGGGCCGCAAGAAGUGGGAGAACAAUAGGGAGCUGGACCCCAGGUGGCGGACGGCCGACGCCGAGCAGGCUUCGUCGGAAUCGAAAUAG